AUGGGGGGCCAUGGAGGCCUGAAUAUAUUACCACAGAAGAGGUGGCAUGUGUAUAGAGAUGAUAAUCGUCUUCGUGUGCUGCGCGAUGAGGCGGAGUUCAAGGCAGCAAUUGAGGUGUAUAGGCAGCAGCAGCAACGGACAGUCAUGACGGAUGCACUUACUCUAUUUAAGAGACGUAAGAUGAAUGUAGAUAAUAUACAAGAAACAGAUAAGCAUGCAGCAGCAAAUAAUGAUGCUGCAGCAGCAGCUAAUGGUAAAGCACCAGCAGCAGCAGCACCUGCUGCUGCUGCUGCAGCACCUGCAGCAGCAAAAGCAAUACCUCAUAGAUGGUGUUCACUCUUUGAGGAGACACACAGCAGCAACCGUCCUGUUGCUGCAAAUAGUUCUUAUGGAGAAAAGAGACCUGCAGCAACAGCAGCAGCAGCAGCAGCAGCAGCAGAAGCAGCACCAGCAUCUCCAACCGAAGCAGUAGUAGCUGGACCACAACUACCAUCAGCAUCAGCAACAGAAGCAAGACCUUCUGCUGCUGCUGCUGCUGCUGCUGCUGCUGCUGCUGCUGCUUGGGACGCACCGGCUAUAGAGGGUUUAUGGCGUCCUCCUGCUGCUAUGCAGCAGCCUCUUGUAGCUGCUGCUGAGCUGCCUGUACACCCGAAUGAAGGGAAAGUAGAUGCAUUAGGACAAAUAGGAGGAAAAGGACAUAUAAAUUUAUUUGCUGCAGCAGAGAUUGAGGUGUCUAGACAGCAUAAAGCAAGACAAAGAUAUUUAGUACAAGCAGGACAUAUAAGUAAUAUAAACAGCAGCAGCAGCAGCAGCAGCAGGAUUAGCGAUUUUGCUGCUGUAUCUAAUGAUAUAAAGAAAGGUACAUGGUACCUAAAGGAAUUACCUACUAAUAAAAAUAUAAGAGAAGAAAAAGAACAAAAAGAUGCAUGCAUACGUCGUGCAUGCAGCAGCAGUUAUGAGCAGCAGCAGCAGCGGCAGCAGCAUACAACGGAUAUCGUUGAGGCAGCAGCAGAGGCAGCAAGACGUAGAUUACUCCUAGUCCAACAGCAGCAGCAACAGCAACAGCAACAGCAGCCACAGCAGCAGCAACAACAGCAGCAGCAGCAGCAGCAGCAGCAGCAGCAAAUAUGGAUAAAUGUUGAGGAGAAUAUUCCCUCUAAGUCAUCUGUAAAACAAAAGACAGAAUACGUCACAGUUGAAUCCGAUUCAGACUGCAGCAGCAACAGCAGCAGCAGCAGCAGCAGCAGCAGCAGCAGCAGCGACAGCGACAGCAGCAACAGUGAUGUAUGUAUAGCUGCUGCAACAGCAGCAGCAGCAGCAACAGCAGCAAGGAGGAGCAGCAACAGAAGUUCUGCAGCAGCUGCAGCUGCUGCAGCUGCAGGUAAUUGCCUCCUCUGCAUUGUACGUACAGCAGAGGAUUGGCAAUAA